CGCAUGCGCAUUUGGCAUAUAGCAACCAUCGUCGUCUUGUUCUCGCGCGCUAGAGAUAAAAAAAGUCGAAACAAAUUUCAGCUUUUAACCAUUGUUCGGCACCGAUAUUACUGCAUUUACGUUUGCGGAAGGAAACCUGUAGCUACAAAUAAUAAUGACAACAUACAGGCCUGGAGAUUCAAAGCGGGAGGAGUUCCGAAAGUACCUGGAGAAAGCUGGAGUCUUGGAUGCUCUCACAAAGAUACUGGUAGCCCUGUAUGAAGAGCCAGAGAAACCAAAUGAUGCACUAGACUUCCUGAAAGCUCACAUGGGUCAGUCAGGACCAGACACGGCUGAUGUAGAAUCUCUAAGACUACAGGUCAGUGAACUGAUGCAGAAGGUGGAACGGCUGCAGGAUGAGAAUAGGGAACUCAAAGCAAAGGUUCAGAUGGAAAAUCCGGAGGUUGAGCCAAGUGCCGAGAACUGAACUGAUGGUGAACCUAUGGGUAGGGGUGUUGGAGUCUGGGUGUGGCUGGGGUGAGGAGGGGGAAGGGGAAAGGUUGGGUUGGGUGGGUGGGUGGGUGUACAUAGGGGAAAGGUGAAGAGUUAUCAUGUUAUGCCUUUUCAGAAGCUGAAUUCUGAUGUAUUUUGUGUGUGUGUCUAUUUUAUCAUAUUAUUUAGCCUUUAUUACCCCUGAUCGUUGAUCAUUUUACAAGCAAGAUUGAGGCUUCUCUUUUGAUUACUUUCUAAUAAUCACCAGCAAUAUGACUAGAAUAUCCUUUUUAUCAUCCAAGAUGAUUGCAGAUUUAAUCCAUCACUACUGAUUUCACAUGCUGUCCUGACAACACUAUAAUUUCAUUUAUACCUGUACACUUUCUUUGAUAAUUGAUCCUUUCAACAACGAGAUGAGAAGAUUUCCUUUCACAAUUUACACGCUCAGAUAUGCAUGGGGAAAUGGAAUUCCCAACUUGUGGCCUCUUUGAAGAGUAUAUAGCAUUUGGGUGCCAUUUCAUAAAGCUAUUUCCUGUUUGUGAUUUCAGCACAACUUUACUUCUGACCCUUUCUUGUGUUCAAUCAGAAACUGUCAAUUUUCUUUUUUAGCACGAGAGUUAUUUUCUAUAACGCUGAUUAAUAUGGGAAAAUAAUGGAUUUUUCCAUUCAGAUGUACGUUUUUAUAUACAAGACUGGAUUUCAACUCGGCUGAUGGAAAUCAAAAGGAUUGAGAAUCUGAUUUUACGCCAAAGAGAUUGUAGCCAGUUGAGCUUAAGGUUGGUGUAACUUCACUCGGACAGCUUUGUGAAACGACACCUAUCCCUGUGAAAAAUGCUUCUCGUUUCAUGCAUUUUCUUCAAUAUUGUGUUUUCCAUCAAUGCGUAAGAUUUCCGUCGUCUUGCAUCACAGUCAUGGCAUUGACUAAUACUAUGAAUUAAUAAUAUAUUUAUUUAGAUUUUAUUAUUAUUAUUGUUGGUGUUGUUGACAGAAACGUCUGUUUUGGGAAAUAAAAUACUGACAUUUUUAGCAUCCCAAUUUAUGUAACAAGAUCGUUCAGAGCCAGACAUAGUAUCAGUUAGACCUCCCAGGAUAUGUACACAGAGACUGAAGUCUUGGUUCCUCUCUAUCGUAUUGGCAAUGGGUAAAGAUUUAAGAAUAAAGGAAUGGUUGAUUUCUUUUUUGCUCUUCCAUUGUUAUAAGCACAUAUUUUUUUGUGGAAAUGUUGGAACUCUAAUCAUUAGAGAUGUAAUUUUCAAGUCAGUGGCAACUUUUCUUAAGGGAGGGUUCUGCAUUUUAUACAUGGAGGAAGAAACACCAUACGCGGUCAAGACAAGUAGCAAAUGAGGUUCAAUAGGAAGGGUUUAUACUUUUUAAAUUUUCUCUUUAUUUUCAUCAAACAUUCCAUGUGUAUUGUGUAAAAGGAAGCUCAUUAAAACUGACUUUUAGUUGUUUUCUGUACUUUUCGAAACAGGCGAAACCUGUUAUGUUAUGUCCGACUACUGAUGUAUCUUGCGGGUUGAAUAUUUCAUGUAAAUGUGUACUAUUUAUUGUAUCAAGAUAUAGCAAAGUAGAGUUGCUUUAAUGUACAUUUGGACAUAUCAACAAAGAUUUGCACUAUUGAUUUUUGUAAUUGCCCUGUUUUGAGGAAAAUACAAACCCUGUAUUUAAGCAUAAA